UUAUUAUCGCGCCCUCACACUUCUCGUUCUCCUACAAUACAAGUUACAACAUCAUCAAAACGCAAACCCUAUUCUGAGGAAUAAAAACCAGAUUACAUUGUAAGACAUUUUAGUUAGAUGCAAUGGCGAGUGGGUGGGUGAAGUCAUGGCAGUGCAAGUCAAGAGCUUUCGAAGACGUGUACCACCCACACCCCAAAAUCCUCAGUGCCAGCUGCAGAAAAGGCGUCGAGAACAUCAAAGACAUGAUCGACAUACCCAAGCCCAGGCCCAGACCCAAGCCCAAGCCCAAGUCCAAGCCCAAGCCCAAGCCACCCUUGGAGAAACAUCCAAGCUCCAAAUACCCAUCGUCAAGAACCAAACCAGAAAUCGAAACACGAACCCCCAUGAGACGCUCCCGAAGCAGCACAACGACAACGACAACGACAACCUCGUCCCGUGGCAUCAUCGAACUUUCCGAGGGCCACCCUUCGCGGAACGUCGUGGAGAUUAUCUUCCACACCAGUUGGGGGCCCAAGCCGUUCCCGGGCCGGGUCGAGCUCAUUUUCAAGGUCCAGAACGGGCCCAGGACCGUGUCGCGGUUCGAGGAGUUUCGCGAGGCGGUGAAGGGACGCGCCGCCGCGGGGCUCGCCGAGGGGAACGACUGGGAGGAGAACGCGCGGUGCAUCGCCGACGGGAACGAGGUAAUGCGGUUCCACUGCCUGGGCCCCGUCGAGGACGGCGCUUCCUACGACGGUGCUGGCUGUGCAUGGUCGUUUCCGGAUCGGAAGGGGGCGGCGAUCUGCACGUUUUCCGGCAGCGGCGGCGCGCACGAGACCGCCGGCGGAGGCAGGGGCAGAAAGGCUAUGCUGGUUUGUCGGGUCGUAGCGGGUCGGGUUUCUAAGCAACUCGGGUUUUUGGACUCGUUGUUGGACAAGCGAGUGGGGUUCGACUCGGUGAGUGGGGAUAACGGCGAGUUGUUAGUGUUUGACUCGCGUGCGGUAUUGCCCUGCUUUCUUAUUAUUUACAGGUUGUAAAAAAUGAAAACGAAAAUUAUUUACCUUAUUUCUUCUUUCUUAAAAAAAAAAAAAAAUUGGAGAUGUAUGUAUCUAUUUUGAGUGAUGAGAUCAUAGAAUACUACUAGGAUCAGCGUGCAUUUAUCGACCCAAUUUUUUUCUGUUAUGGAUAAUACUUGAACUUGAUUUUUGUAAUUAUGAGGAAAUUGGGUUGAUAAAUGCUCGCUUGAAAUUUAAAUGUUUCAAUUGGUUACAUGGUGGGUUGCCUCCAUAUUUUGUGAGAGGGGAUAAUGAUAUUGAGUGUGAAUCCAAAUGGUUUAUGCGUUGUGUUUUAA